AUGGAUGAAUUUGGUCUGCAACACUUAAUUGGAACUAAUGCGGCAAGAGCAUAUAUGCAUGGCUAUUUUAUUGAAAUGAAAGCUUAUACAAAGGCGAUAGGACAAAAUAAAUUAAGUGCUGUUGAGGAAUACAGGGAACGAAAAUUGAAAGAAAAAUUGGAAAAAGAACGUCAAGUCUCGUUUGUGAAGCGUACAACUUCUGUUAUAUUACCUAAAGUCAAUCGAGAGUUGGCAAGUAGAUUACAAUCAGAUGUUGGUUUUAUAGAAGAGGCUGGAGAGUCUUCAAAAAUGAAUAAUUCAUCGAAUUAUUUAUUAACUGACCAACGAUUUUCUGGAUUAUUUAAUGACCCUGAUUUUGAAAUUGUUGAAGACAGUGAACAGUACAAGCAAUUGGCUCCAAUGAUGAAAAAAUUGGAAGUAAAAAAGAAGAAAAAUGAAAAAAGAAUCGAAGAAAAGGAAAGAAAUAUACAAAAUGAAGAAAUGGCCGAAAUGGAUGAGGAUAAUGAAUUUUCAACUUAA